AUGUCUCUCUGGGUGGACAAAUACCGUCCAAAGACGCUCUCAACACUAUCAUACCAUGACAAUAUAACUCAAAACCUCAGGGCGCUCUCGAAAUCAGGCGAUUUCCCCCAUUUGCUUGUCUAUGGACCAAGUGGAGCAGGUAAAAAGACGAGAAUCUACGCCACGCUAGAAGAGAUAUUCGGUCCGUCAGUGGAAAAGCUCAAGAUUGAUGUCAAAAACUUCACCACUGCGCUGAAUAGAAAAUUGGAGUUCAAUGUUUUGAGCUCGCCUCACCAUUUGGAAAUCACUCCUUCCGACAUGGGAAAUAACGAUCGGGUCGUGAUUCAGGAUUUGUUGAAAGAUGUCGCCUCGACGGAACAAGUCGAUUUCGGCAACCAGAGCUCAAGGAAGCACCGGUUCAAAGUUGUCGUCAUCAAUGAGGCUGAUUCGUUGAGUAGAGACGCUCAGGCUGCGUUGAGGAGAACCAUGGAGAAGUACUCUUCCAAUAUCCGGUUGAUUCUUGUGUGCAACUCGAUUUCAAACAUCAUCGCGCCCAUCAAAUCGAGGACUUUGCUUGUGAGGAUACCGGCCCCGUCAGUUGAAGACAUCAGCAGGAUCUUGAGCCAUGUUGCUGAGCAUGAAAACAUUAAGUUUUCAUCGAGUGACGAACACGCCGUGGCGCAAUUUUACAAGCAAGUUGCCACCACGAGCGAGAGGAACUUGAGGAGGUCUUUGCUUGCGUUUGAGACAAUUUCCAUGCAGAAUGAAACCAUAAAUGUUAAGCACAUCCACUCGGUUAUUGUCCUUGACUGGGAAACCAUCAUCAAGAAUAUGGCCAAGUCGAUAUCAACGCAGCGGAACGUGCCCAAUUUGGCGAGGUUGAGAACCACGAGCUAUGAAUUGUUGUCGCACUGUAUACCAGCUAGGACCAUUUUGAAGAAACUUGUGAUGGAGUUGGUCAGUAUGUUCAUGACAAGAGGUGAUCUCGUGAAGGAGAUUGUGCAAAUUGGCUCUGUGUUUGACGAGAGGUUGAGUUUGGGGACAAAGAGCAUAUUCCAUCUAGAGGGGUUUGUGGCCAAGACUAUGGUUGCGAUCGACGCCCAAAGCUGA